AUGUCCGAGCUCUGUUCCCCAAAAGGCUUUAAUGCCAAUUUUGUUGUUAUCAUGCACUUUACAAGCGUAAAUGGCUUCGUUAUUGACUUGAUUAUUGAUGAUAUAGGAAAAGAUAAGAUGACGUCAUAUUUUCGAGUGGGGAAGUUCAAUGCCAUUAAGAAGCAACUUCAAGAAAUAGAGGGUAUAGAUGUGUAUGAUCCCCUCUUGAAAAUGGAUCAAAAUGGAUUUGAGGAUGCUCUAAAUUCUUCAAAUGUGAACACUAAUCCAUUGCCAAACCAUUCCACUACUAGAGAGCUAAAGAUGAUGUCUUUUCAUGAUGUGACAUAUGAUAAGAAGAGGUCGGCACUGAAGGAUCAUAUGAUACCCAAAGUAUUGAUUGAUAAUGGGUUUGCUCUUAAUGUGUUUCCUAAGUAUGUUUUGGACCAUGUACUAGUUGAUCCUUUACAUAUGAGGUCAAGCAAGAUGAUGGAAUGA